AUGGGCCUGGUCGACAAAACCCGGUCCAUCGGACCACCCGGCAGGAUCCAGGCCAUCGGCUUACUCGCCAAGACCCAACCCAUCGGCUUACUCGACAAGACCCAUCCACCGGCCUACUCGACGGACUCUGCGCAUUCUCGCGACGAGGGAUAUGACGAGGAACGGCUUGGCAUACUUCAAGGGCACCCCAAACACGACAAAAUCUUCGACUAUAUUGUCGUUGGAGGCGGAACGGCUGGCAACGCAAUUGGUGUAAGGCUAGCCGAAGCCGGGUUCCACGUUGCAAUUGUUGAGGCCGGCUCUCUCUACGAAGAUAAGGACCAUGGCAUACACACCAUUCCUGGCCAAGAUAUUGUCGGCGUUGGAUCGCAAGCAGACGAUGUCGUUGAAUCCGACGUCGAUUGGAAGUUCCACACAGUGCCUCAACCCGGUGCAAAUAACCGCAAAAUGCAUUUUGCUCGAGGCAGAUGUCUGGGGGGCUCUUCAGCCCUGAACUUCAUGAUCUAUCAUCGGGGCACCAGAGGCACUUAUGAUAGGUGGGCGGACGACGUUGGAGACGAUUCUUACAGGAUCGACAACUUCCUCCCGUUCUUCAAGAAGAGUGUCAGCGCCACGGCCCCUGAUACGAAUAAGCGCAAGGCCAACGCUUCUACAUCUACACAUUUCGACGCCCAUGACUUUGCGCCACUCGGUCAAGGGGGCCCCGUUCAAGUCAGCUACCCACACUGGGUCUCGUCCUGGUCUACCUGGCUAGAGCAAGGGCUUCGGUCCGUUGGUUUGAAGAGAACAGAUGGUUACAAUCACGGUAACCUCAUAGGCUACCACUAUACGACGGCAACUAUCAACCCGAAAGACGCAACAAGAAGCUCAUCAGCUCAAUACGUCUAUUGGGCCAAGAAGAAACAGCUCCGGAAUCUCAAAGUCUUCCUACGCACUCAUGCAACAAAAGUCCUGUUUAAGCAAAAAAAGGCUGUAGGAGUGACAGUUGACCACUACGGCCAGACUUAUCAUCUGACAGCUAGGAAGGAGGUCAUCCUGAGCGCCGGUGCAUUCCAGUCGCCCCAGCUUCUCAUGGUUUCCGGGAUUGGGCCUGUUGAAACCUUGCGCAAGUUCGACAUCCCGACUAUCGUUGCUCUUCCUGGAGUCGGGCAGAACAUGUGGGACCAUAUUUUCUACGGCCCAGCUUAUGAAGUAAACUUUCCUACGUUAAACGAACUCCUUAGCGACCCUAAGGCGGCAAAGUUUGCUGAGGAACAAUAUAGCCACCACCAGGCUGGACCACUUACCUCCAACAUUAUCGAGUUCCUCGGUUGGGAGAAGCUUCCGCGAAAAUAUCGGUACAACUUUUCGUCUCAAACAAGAAAGGACUUGGCCCAGUUUCCAGACGAUUGGCCAGAAGUCGAGUACCUCGGCGCUGACGGCUAUAUCGGAGACUUUACCUCCCCUAGCAAACAUCAGCCUCCUGAUGGCAAGAUGUACGCUUCGAUCUUGGGUGCUUUAGUGGCCCCGUUAUCGCGCGGCAACAUCACCAUCCGGUCGGCAUCGGCCUUGGACGCGCCGGUCAUCAGCCCUAAUUGGCUAGAGGAUAAGGGUGACCAAGAGGUUGCUAUUGCGUGGUACCGGCGCAUGCGAGAUGUGUGGGGGACUCGGGCUCUGCAAUCUAUCGUCUUGGGUCCGGAAGCCUACCCCGGAUCCGACGUGCAAUCGGACGACGAGGUAUUGAAUCUCGUGCGAGAUUCGGUAAUGACAGUAUGGCAUCCCGCUUGUACCUGCAAGAUGGGGAAAAGGAAUGAUAAGAUGGCCGUCGUGGACCACCGGGCCCGUGUGUACGGCGUGUCGGGCCUACGCGUUGUCGAUGCGAGCGCUAUGCCUUUCCUACCGCCCGGGCACCCGCAGAGCACAAUCUAUGCUCUGGCCGAGAAGAUUGCCUACGAUAUUAUUCGAGGGGAGCGCAAGGACAAGUAUUACGAUGGUGCGCACGAUGGCGAGUACCGUCAAGGCGUGUACAAGGGCGAGCAUCGUCAGGGCGGGUACGGCGGUGAGCAUCGUCAAGGCGUGUACAAGGGCGAGCAUCGUCAGGGCGGGUACGACGGUGAGCAUCAAGGCGUGUACAAGGGCGAGCAUCGUCAGGGCGGGUACGACGAUGAGCAUCGUCAUGGCGGGUAUGAGGGCGAGCAUCGUCAGGGUGGGUACAACGGUGAGCAUCGUCAAGGCGUAUACAAGGGCGAGUACCGUCAAGGCGUGUACAAGGGCGAGUACCGUCAAAGCGUGUACGAGGGUGAGUAUGGUCAAGGCUGGUAUGAGUAUGGUUAUUGA